CAAAUAACACUAAUUAGCUGAUUUCAUUUCUAAUGGCUUUCGGGCAUUUGGUCUCAAUUCCCAGAUCAACUUCUUCCGUCGCCACUGUUGGUUCUUAUGGAACAAGAGCUUUAUGGCAGAGUAACAGGAAUGUCACAAAAGAGCAGAGUAUCAAGACAUGUUUGCAGCACAAUAUUUCAAAGCUCCAUUAUAAAGGCAUUGAAGGAGGAUCUACAACUCAUCAUAAAAUUCACAAAACAUCGUUAAUAAAUGCAAGAUCUUCUGCACAAUCACAUGAAUCUGAACCACAAGCUCAUGAAAAAUCACAAAACGACCCUCUAGAGUCUAUUAAAAGGGCACUGCUUAUUUUUCUCAAGUUUAGUAGACUUUAUGUAUUUUUUGGCAUGAUGAUACCAGCAGGACUUUCUUCGUCAUUUCUUGCUGUGGAUAAUUUUUCAGAAAUAUCUCCAAUAUUACUUGUAAAAGGAAUCUUACAGUAUAUGGUACCUUUCUUCUUCACGUUUCAAUUUAAUGUGGGAGUGAAUCAAGUAUCUGACAUUGAAAUAGACAUGAUUAAUAAACCAGAUCUUCCUUUGGCAACUGGAGAAUAUUCCUUCACAUUUGGAGUUAUACUUGUGGCAUCAUUCCUACUUACGAGUCUUGGACUUGCAUGGAUGGUAGGAUCAAAGCCAUUAAUUUGGAGUAUUAUUGUUGCUGCAGGCCUAAUGGCUGCAUAUUCAAUUAAUUUGCCUUUAUUAAGAUGGAAGAGAUCUACAAUUCUCACAGUACUAUCUAAUGCAAUGUCUAUGAUGGCAUCAUUUCAUAUAGGACCUUUUCUGCACAUGAAGACCUUUGUGCUCAAAAAGGCAGCUACAUUUUCAAGAUCUAUGCUUCUUAGUUGUUUCGUCGUAGGUUGUCUCUACACAGUAAUAUCAAUAUCAAAGGAUUUAGCGGAUGUUGAAGGAGACAAGGCAGCAGGCUUGAAAACUUUGGCAAUACGCUUGGGUGUUAAGCAGGUAUUCUGGUUAUGUAUAUCACUUAUUCAAAUGGCUUAUGGAAUUGCUAUUACAAUGGGAGCAUUAUCUCCUGUUUUAUGGAGCAAAAUUGUUACGGUUCUGACACAUGUCAUCAUGCUUUUAUACGUUUGGAAUCACGCUGUUAAUUCAGUAGAUUUAUCAAGCAAAGAUUCGUUACAAUCCUUUCAUAUGUUUAUGUUUAAGCUUGUAACUGUGGAAUGUGUCCUUGUACUAUUUGUUCGUUGAAGAAGUAGUGAGAUUGUGGAUUUAAUAAAUGGUGCAGCAUUAUCCAUACGUUUCAACUAGAUGAAUCUUCGUGCAAGUUUAUUAUAUAUAUUUGUUCAAGU